CGAGGUUUAACAUCAUGGGGCUCCCUCACUUCAGGUGGCUACAGGAGUACUACUUACACUGUCGGCCACAAGAAAAUGCAUGUCCACGUUCACCGCUUGGUUGCACGAACUUUUUUGGGGCCUUGUCGGAUCCCGGCUCCUUGGUGUGUAAACCACAAAGACAAUGACCCCAGCAACAAUUGCGUCACCAAUUUGGAAUACGUAACACCAGCGGGCAACGCGGCCCAUUGGCUUGAGAUGGCGGCGCAGAGGGGAUGCCGAGCUCAAAAGAAUGCGAGGCUUGUGUGGGGACGGCCGCGCGGUACAGGGGACUGGGUUUUGUUUCGUUCUUGCCGCGACGCUGCAAAGCAAUUCAACGUCCCCCGCGCCCGUAUCCUGGCGAUUUGUCUUGGUGAAUGUCCGCCUGACCAGAAUUUCGAAGUCAGCUUCGACGCUGAUAGGCUUUUGCAUCCAGUGGAGCCACAAGUCUUGCCUGGCGAAGAGUGGAGAGAGAUUAUAUUUGAUAUUUGA